AUGGCCUCAUCGACGACGCCCAUGAAAGUGGUGGACAUCCACACCCACAUGUACCCUCCGUCAUACAUCAAGAUUCUCGAAUCUCGAACCACCAUUCCUGUCGUGCGCAGCUUCCCGCAAACACCGGACCCGCGACUCAUCCUCCUCGCCUCGGAGCAGCAAGCCCUCGAUGAAGCCACCAAGGACCCCUCGGCGAAGCCUCCCGGCCGGCCGCUGACUUCGCAUUAUGCCUCCCUCGACCAGAAGGUGCACUUCAUGGACACGCACAAGAUCGACAUCUCGGUCGUCUCCCUGGCGAACCCCUGGCUCGACUUCAUCGACGGCUCCGAAUCCGGCACCAUGGCCAAGGGCGUCAACGACGAGUUUGAUGCCAUGUGCGCCACCCAACCGGGCCGUCUCUUCUUCUUCGCCACUCUGCCCUUGACUGCGCCGCUCGAGACUAUUCUCGCCGCCAUCAACCACGUCAAGGACCUCAAGUACUGUCGCGGCAUCAUCCUCGGCACGUCGGGACUGGGCAAGGGCCUCGACGACCCGAACCUGCUGCCCAUCUUCAAGGCCGUAGCCGCUGCUCACCUGACCAUCUUCCUGCACCCGCAUUACGGGUUGCCCAACGACGUCUGGGGUCCCAGAGCGAGCAAUGAGUACGGCCACGUGCUACCUCUAGCCUUGGGUUUCCCAAUGGAGACCACCAUCGCCGUUGCGCGCAUGUACUUGGCCGGCGUCUUCGACGCAGUGCCCCAACUGCGUAUGCUCCUGGCGCACAGUGGUGGUACGCUGCCCUUCCUCGCCGGACGCAUCGAGAGCUGCAUCAUGCACGACGGGCAGUGGGUGCGCGAGGGUAAGGUCACCGAGGGACGCAGGACGGUAUGGGACGUGCUCAAGGAGCAGAUCUACCUCGACGCUGUCAUCUACUCUGAAGUCGGUUUGAAAGCGGCUAUCGAGGCGAGUGGAGCGGACAGACUCAUGUUCGGCACAGACCACCCCUUCUUCCCGCCGCUGACUACCGACGAGCAGGGUGAGUGGGAGAGCGUGAGCAUGAACGCCGAUGCUGUGGCUGCGGCGGUGGGUGAGGGGAGUGACCAGGCGAAGGCCAUCAUGGGCGGCAACGCGAUCAACAUUUUGAAUUUGAAGGUGGAUUGA